CCCGCGCCUCCCACCGGCCGGCCGGGGAGCGGCGGGAGGAGCUGCCACGCCCCGCGACCGCACCCGGCCGUCUCCAGCCCGGAGCCCACCGCCUUCCAUCAGCCUGGCUUCCCUCCUCCACGCGGUGACGCCACGCACAGCUGCAGCCAGCCCCCGCCUGCUCGAACCAAAGAGGUCGACAUUCGGGUGGUAGGUGGAGUGACCCGAGGCUCCCCGGGACACUGACUUUGGGAUCCGGAAGGGACCAGACAGGACUCUGGUGUCAUUUGGUAAUGGUGGUUGCUUGAAGCUUGGUCGCCCCUUGGCCUACCCGCGGGAGGGAGGCAUGUUGUAUUGUCCUAGGUCCUACUGUAGCACUGUGAGCCUCUCCAAGCGGUGUUUGUAGAACUGGCACCCUUGACAGUUGGGCGAAAAUGGCUAUGACGCUCCUGGAAGACUGGUGCAGGGGGAUGGACGUGAACUCUCAGAGAGCUCUGCUGGUCUGGGGGAUCCCUGUGAACUGUGAUGAGGCUGAAAUCGAAGAGACUCUCCAAGCUGCGAUGCCCCAGGUGUCCUAUCGAGUACUGGGGAGAAUGUUCUGGAGGGAAGAAAAUGCCAAAGCAGCCUUGUUAGAGCUCACCGGGGCAGUGGACUACUCCCUGAUCCCUAGAGAGAUGCCAGGCAAAGGAGGACUCUGGAAAGUGAUGUUUAAGCCCCCCACUUCCGAUGCUGAGUUUUUGGAAAGGCUGCACCUCUUUCUAGCUAGGGAAGGGUGGACCGUGCAAGAUGUUGCUCGUGUGCUUGGGUUUCAGAACCCUGCUCCCGCUCCAGGCCCAGAAAUGCCAGCAGAGAUGCUCAACUAUAUUUUGGAUAAUGUUAUUCAGCCGCUUGUUGAAUCCAUAUGGUAUAAGAAGCUGACGCUGUUCUCUGGGAAGGACAUUCCCGGGCCUGGCGAAGAGACCUUUGAUUCCUGGCUGGAGCACUCCAGUGACGUCAUAGAAGAAUGGCAGGUAUCUGAUAUAGAAAAGAGACGGAGGUUGAUGGAGAGUUUGAGAGGCCCGGCUGCCGAUGUCAUUCGCAUCCUCAAGACCAACAACCCUGCCAUAACCACCGCAGAAUGCCUGAAGGCUCUCGAGCAGGUGUUUGGGAGCGUGGAGAGCUCCAGAGACACCCAGGUCCGGUUUCUGAACACUUACCAGAACCCAGGAGAAAAGUUGUCUUCGUACGUCAUCCGUCUGGAGCCUCUGCUGCAAAAGGUAGUGGAGAAGGGGGCCAUUGAUAAAGAAAAUGUAAACCAGGCGCGCCUGGAGCAGGUCAUCGCCGGGGCAAACCACAGUGGGGCCAUCCGGAGGCAAUUGUGGCUGACCGGGGCUGCGGAAAGACCCGCACCCAAUCUCUUCCAGUUGCUGGUGCAGAUUCGAGAGGAGGAAGCCAAAGAGGAGGAGGAGGAGGCCGAGGCGGCCCUCUUACAGCUAGGCCUGGAGGGGCACAUCUGAGUCCCUGGGGUGGCUUGGCUGCUUUUGUUACCCCUGUGCAGUCUUACAAGCCUGCCUCUCAUAGUAAAGACCUAGCCUCCCGAUUUUGUUUUGUUUUGUUUUCUAAGGGAUGGGAGAGGGGCGUCGGGCCUGUGUGCUUCGUGUAGCCGUCACAGAACUGUGUGAUUGGCUAGAGCGGCAGCAGUAGAGAUGGGUCAUGCGGCUGUAAGCAAACGCUUGCCGAGAGUCCUCCUGGGGACAUCUUUGACAGCUGUGGAAAAUGUGAAGCUGUGACACUUUUUGUCAAGAUGAUUGUGAACUUGAAAGUUCAGAUGCCUAGUGCAAGCCUGCCUCACAGGCUGUAUGGUACAAACUGUUAUAUUUGUUACCAAUAUCGUGGAUAGUUUGGCUGUACAUUGUCCCUAAUUUAUAUAGAUGGAAAGAAUGUGAAUCUAUUUGAUAUUACUCAUCUUGAAAAUUCAGAUUUCUAAUUUCUCGUGGCUCAACAUCAGAAUCAGUUUACCUGCAAAGUAUUCUAAGACUAAAAAUGGCCUGUUAGAAAAAUGCGCUUUUAUGGAGCUGCACAAUCGACUUCUCAUGGUGUAAGAUACAGAUAUAAACCAUAGCGGGAACUGCCAUGAACAAGCUACAUUUCCCCCACAUGAAAUAUUUGUCAUUUAAUUAUUGGUCAUGUUAAUGCUAAGUGUCCUAAAUUUGAAGUUAUCAAAUAGAUGUACACAAAUAAAAAUUUGAAAAUUCUCA